AGGAGGGCGGACCACGUUCCCCGCCAGGCGCCGGAGGCGGGGUCCGGGGGAAGGGGGACCGGCCUGCGGCAAGAUGCGGAGCCGGCCUGCGCACGCCGCACCCGUUCUCGCGGCUCGGAGCGUGCGCAGGCGCGGGGUGCGCUAGGAGCGGGAGAUCGAGGUAGCAUUGGAGCGGAGUGCCGACCGGUCACCCGCUCCGGGCACGAUGAGCCCUGGAGAGGAGCGACCUGUGGAGGGGGGCGCCGGCGGCGGCGGCGCCUCCGAGUUGGAGCUGCUGAAGCUGCGCGCCGCGGAGCGCAUCGACGAGGCGGCGGAGCGCCUGGGGGCCCUGAGCCGCGCCAUCUGGAGCGCGCCCGAGCUGGCCUACGAGGAGCACCGUGCCCACGGCGUGCUGACGCGCUUCUUCCAGAGCGAGCCGCCGGCCGCCUCUUGGACGGUGCAGCCGCACUACCAUCUGGCCACGGCCUUCCGCGCCGAGUGGGAGCCGCCGGGGGUGCGGUCGGCCGCGAGCCCGCUGCACCUGGGCUUUCUGUGCGAGUAUGACGCGCUCCCCGGCAUCGGGCACGCCUGCGGCCACAACCUCAUCGCCGAGGUCGGGGCGGCGGCCGCGCUGGGCGUGAAGGGGGCCCUGGAGACCCUCCCCGGGCCGCCUCCGCCGGUGAAGGUGACUGUCCUGGGCACCCCUGCGGAGGAAGAAGGUGGUGGCAAAAUUGACUUAAUUGAAGCAGGGGCUUUUAAAAACCUUGAUGUUGUUUUUAUGGCCCAUCCAUCCCAAGAGAAUGCUGCUUAUCUCCCUGAUGUGGCUGAACAUGACGUGACUGUGAAGUACUAUGGAAAAGCAUCUCACGCUGCUGCGUAUCCCUGGGAGGGAGUAAAUGCAUUAGAUGCUGCUGUUCUCGCCUACAACAAUCUGUCUGUGUUACGACAGCAGAUGAAACCAACCUGGAGAGUUCAUGGUAUAAUAAAAAAUGGUGGUGUAAAACCCAAUAUCAUUCCCUCUUAUUCUGAAUUAAUCUAUUACUUCCGUGCACCCUCAAUGAAAGAACUUCCAGUUUUGACCAAAAAGGCAGAAGAUUGCUUCAGAGCUGCAGCUUGUGCUACUGGGUGCACAGUAGAAAUUAAAGGUGAAGCACAUGAUUAUUACAAUGUCCUUCCCAAUAAGAGCCUACGGAAAGCUUAUAUUGAAAACGGGGAAAAGCUGGGAAUAGAAUUCAUUUCAGAAGAGGAUGCAGUGUUGAAUGGAUCUUCAGGAUCUACUGAUUUUGGAAAUGUUAGUUUUGUGGUUCCUGGAAUCCAUCCAUAUUUUUACAUUGGAUCUGAUGCCUUGAAUCACACAGAACAAUAUACUGAAGCUGCAGGAUCACAAGAAGCUCAAUUCUAUACUUUGCGUACAGCCAAAGCUCUGGCAAUGACUGCGUUGGAUGUUAUUUUUAAACCAGAGUUGCUAGAAAGAAUCAGAGAGGACUUUAAAUGGAAACUUCAAGAAGAAGAGUUUUUAAAUAGAGUUGAAUAAGAGGAAGAUUGAGGAGAAGUGAUGAUUUUUUUUUUUUCAUUUUUAAUGAAGGAGGAGGGCAUGUUUGUUUUUCAAUCUUAAAAAAAUCAAAUUUAAUCAAAUCAAAUCUUAAAGGAAUCAAAUUUCUCUUCCUGAAAAGUGAGGACAUAGUGUUGAGAAAACACAUGAACUCUUAGCUAAAAUUAAAAUGUUCACAAAUCUACAUUUGAUGGAAUUGUGAUCUUUCAGGAGCUGGUAUGUGGUGGCAUUUCUUAAACAACUUGGAUAACACAUGGUUUAUCAGUAAUAAUAGUGUUUAAGUUCAUAUGUUGUGUAAGUAUAUUUCAAAAGGUCCAAGAGAUUUCAAACCUUAUAUUCAGAAUUGACUCAUGAAAGAUUUUUUCCUGAUAUAGGGUGGUAAAAUUGUUUUAGAAAGUAGUUUUAAAAUUCAAGUUCUGAAUUUGAAGGAAGUUCAUUUUGAUUUCUGACUAUGUUUGUUUUGGUUUAGAGACUGUUUUCAUUGGUAAUAAAAGUAGGUUUUAAAUCAGAAAUGCUGUGGGAAACAACCAGAAACUCAGGUACAAAGAAUAAGCUUUAGUUUAUGUUAAUUGUAAUAGAAAAUAUUACAGAUGCAUAAUAUUAGACCCUCCCUGUAAAUUGUCUGCUUGAUAGUCUAGUGCAGCGGUUCUCAACCCUUUGGCGGUCAAACCACCCUUUCACAGGGGUCGCCUAAGACCAUCCUGCAUAUCAGAUAUUUACAUUACGAUUCAUAACAGUAGCAACAUUACAGUUGUGAAGUAGCAACGAAAAUAAUUUUAUGGUUGGCUCACAACAUGAGGAACGUAUUUAAAGGGCCAGAACGUUGAGAACCACUGGUCUAGUGUGUUCUAGGCGGACUUAAUGAGAGAAGAACAAUGUCUAUCUUGAAUGCUAAUUACUCAGGCUUCUACUCAGAAACCAGGCUGUCCAGCCUGAGUACACAAAGUAUUGUAAGUUUUUCCUGGUUCUUAUUUUAAUAUGAAUUUUUUAAAUGUGAUAAAAGGAUGUGGGAAAAGUAUCUGAUUAAACAAAUAUUUUAAGCUGUGAAUAUAGCAAAGCUUCAGUAUAUUUUAUUUUAAAGGGAGUCCUCAAACUUGAGGGUAAAUAUUCUAAGAUGGAAGGGGAAGGAGAGAACAGUGAGCAUUUGGCCUCUGCUGUAAGCAAGUCAUUUGGGCCCCUCUGAGCCUUCAGCUCUCCAUUUGGGACGUUAGAUUAAAUCACUUACACUUACAGUCCUUUGAAACCCCAAUUCCUAAUAGUUUUGGGGAGUGUUGGUACUUUAGAAUUGCUUAUCUUCUACAUCAGGGGUCAGCAAACCACAGUCUGAUUUGGCAAGCAGCCUGAAUUUAUGUGGCCAGCAUGCUAAAAAAUGACUGAGGAGGGGAGAAAGGAACAGAGACCAGAUGAUGUGACCUCAAAACUAAAAAUAUUUACUGUCUGGUCCAUUACAAAAAAAUGUUUGCCAGCUCCUGUCCUAUAUAACAGUAAAAUAAAACCUGUUUCUCUUUGAUUUCCAUCAUAUAAUCAGAUGUUCUCCUAGGAUAAAACUCACGCCUCUGUAUUGAAAAUAGUGACAAGAGGGAUGUAGAUGGCAGUGCCCUGACUUGACUGUCACACACUGCCAAGUUUGUCCUCGUUGGAGUUCUGGCCCUUCGGAAGUUUGCCUUCUUUUAGCACUUACUUCCUUCGGGCAUGCAGCUACCCUGCUGCCUUAAGACCUUGCCUGUGAAGGCCGGUCUUCUAACUUUUCAUCUCAGCCUUCAGCAUUUGAACCUUCUCGCUGCCCUUUGUCUGACUAUAAUCUCAAGAAGUCAUGGUUGGUGUAUAUUUUAUAUACAGGGGAGGGACCCACAAAGGUUUCAGGCUGAGAAUUGGUUAUGUCCGAGACCUCCGGUUUAUAUGAAUAGUUAGUUUCUAAUAGUCAAUUUUAUAAAUUUUCCAACUGUAAGUUUUAAAUUCCUGCACUUGGGAAUGGGGUUUUAUUUUCUAAAGCCUUGAUAACAUUUUAGAACAGUGAUUGCUAACUGGUAUCCAACACACUAAUAUUCUCCCAUCUUCUGUGAAGUGUUACAAGUUGUUACUCAUACAAACUAUUUGUGGUUUUCUUGUGAUUAAAUUUCUUUUUAAAAACA